AUGGCUCAAGGGCAUCUUCGUGUAACUAUAGUCGAAGCAGCAAAACUUGCUGAUAAAGAUAAAACAGACUUUAAUGAUCCUUAUGUCGAAGUAUAUAUAGAUGAGAAAAAGAAAUAUAAAACUAGAACACUUCAAAACGUCGAACGACCCAUCUGGAAUGAAACAUUUGAUUUCGAUAUAUGGCCAAGUAAUGAAUAUGUUCACAUAGAUGUGUAUGAUGAAGAUGAAGGCAAAAAACCUGAUGUAAUUGGUUCAGCAAAAGUUAGUCUUGAUGAUGUUAUUAAAAAAGGACAUUAUGAUGAUUGGGUAAAAUUACCUGGUUUUCUCGGUUUUGGCAGUCGUGGUGAUAUACAUAUUCGUAUGAAUUUUGAAAAAACAUCUACAGACUAA